AAAUGCAGAGACUCCAGGGAUUAGCUGGGAUCUGCAUUCCCAACAGUUGGUCUGAGGGAACCAGAGAGUGAGAAAGUGAGUGCCACAGAGAGAGGGAGGGAGGGAGAGGAGGCAUCCUUGACAGCCAGGAGACUAAAAUUAAAGAGGGGGGAAAGAAAGCAAAGAAGAAAAAGAAGAGAGAGAAAAGAGAAGGCAGGACUGAGAAACAGAGUGAGCAGGAGCACACAAAGCCAUUCUGCAAAAAGAUGGAGGGAUGUCCCACUGAAGCAGGAUAAAAGUGCAAAAUGUCCCUGGCGUUAGAGAGUCGAUGCAUCAGGGGAAAGGCAAAGCCGUACCUGCUUCCCAGAGAUUCUGCAACAGCAGCCAGGUUGCCCAGAAGUGACGUGCGUCCAUCAAGCUAUAGAAUCACCUGCUAACACCGACCCACUACCAGCUUUUCCUGCACGACACACAGGCUGGGCCACCAGUCCCUCAAGCCCGGCCCAGUUUUGGCCGGGACAAAGGCCAGUCCCUCGGACAUGGGGGUGGCCAAAGCCAUCCGGCGUUUCAGCGGGGGUGGCGGUGUGGGAGAGCUGCGGGAGGAGGUGUCGGUGGAAUCCCCCUCCAGCUGCCACAACGGGAGGCCCGUUCCUGUCCGGCAGCGCAGUCGAUUCGUGAAGAAGGACGGCCACUGCAAUGUCCAGUUCAUCAACAUGAGCGAGAAGAGCCAGCGGUAUCUCACCGACCUCUUCACCACCUGCGUGGACAUCCGCUGGCGCUGGAUGUUCGUCAUCUUCUGUCUCUCGUUUGUGCUCUCCUGGCUCCUCUUUGGCUUCACCUUCUGGCUCAUUGCUGUGUUGCAUGGAGACCUUGUUCCCGAGCGCCCACCCAAUGCCAAGACCUGUUUCUCUGAGGUGACCAGUUUCAUGGCCGCCUUCCUCUUCUCCCUGGAGACCCAGACGUCCAUUGGGUAUGGCUUCCGCAGUGUGACGGAGGAAUGUCCCUCGGCCGUGCUGGCGGUGGUUCUGCAAUGCAUUCUGGGAUGCAUCAUCGAUGCCUUCAUCAUUGGCGCAAUCAUGGUCAAGAUUGCUAAACCCAAGAAGCGCAACGAGACCCUGGUCUUCAGCGAGAAUGCCGUGGUGGCCAUGCGUGAUGGGAAGCUCUGCCUCAUGUGGCGUGUGGCCAACUUGCGCAAGAGCCAUCUGGUAGAGGCCCACGUCCGGGCACAGCUACUGCAACCUCGAGUGACUCCUGAGGGUGAGUACAUCCCCCUGGACUACAAUGACGUCAACGUGGGUUUCGACAGCGGCACUGACCGCAUCUUCCUGGUGUCACCCGUGACAAUCGUGCACGAGAUAGACGCCGAAAGCCCCCUGUAUGAGCAUGGUCCUGAGGAGCUGGCUGAGGCGGACUUUGAACUGGUGGUCAUCCUGGAGGGCAUGGUGGAAGCCACAGCAAUGACCACCCAAUGCCGCAGCUCCUACCUGCCCAGUGAGCUGCGCUGGGGCCACCGCUUUGAGCCCGUGCUCUUCGAGCGACGUGGCCACUAUGAGGUUGACUACCAGCACUUCAACCGUACGUAUGAGGUGCCUGGCACCCCGAUGUGCAGCGCUAAGGAGUUGAGCCAUCUCAAAUACAGGGCUCCCCCAGCAGGGGCUACAGCAGCCCGCGCCUCUUUCUGCUAUGAGAAUGAAGUGGCCCUCAGCUGCUGCCGUGAGGAAGAGGAGGAGGAGGAAGAGAGGCAGGGGAGCCGGCGGGUGAGCCUGGAGAAUGAAAUGGCAACCGCCACGUGACACCGCCCAUGUUCUUGGACUGAGGAAGGCCGGGGGGAGGUGGGGAAAUGAAGCUUUUGUAGCGCCAUCACUACCACUUUGCAUAGCUGGGUAGCUGAGGUAACUGUUGUCAGAGGAGAGAUCACUUUCACUUCAUCCACCCUGUCCCCCAAACACAUAAUGGCAAAGUCUCAGCUUUCUGCAACCAACAGUAGCCUCUAGCUGUUGGGGGAAAGAGAUGCCAUUUGGGGCACAUUGGCCAAAAUGGCCAUCCUGGUGGAACUCAGGGGUCCCCCAUGAUCACUGAAACCACUGGAGGGGCUUAAGGGCUCACAGAUGCUAUGAGAGCCCGUAGCCCCAAACAAUGUUUUAAAACAGAAGGAAAGCUUGUGGUGGGGCGGGAGAAUACCAGUCCUCUAAGGAACUUGGGCAUCACCUGAUAUUUAUGGCAGUAUGAAUUAUGAUUGUGACGGUUCACAUGUUUGCUUGAUGAAUCUACAAAUGUUUGUUUUAUGGAACUCCAAGGAUACAUGAGGGCUGUGUGCUUCGUGGCACUUUAUGGAAGAUGUCUGUACUGUGUGGGAAUGAACUGUGACUGUCCAAUCGAUUGGGCUCUAUGAGAUACAUAGAGAGACGGGAGGAGUUCUAUAACUUCUGCAGGUCGGUAACUACCUAGUGUAGUUACAUGGAACCGAGUCAAUAGGUUCUAUGAAAAUGUAGGGGGCAAGGAGUUGCUUGUUGUGUCUUAGGGGUGUGUGUUUCUUUUCAACUCCAAGGGUUACAAAUUAUAAGCCCAUGAGGCAAGGAAGUAUGAAUGAUCUUAACAUCCUUGAAACUUAUUUGUCAAGCCCAAAAACGGACUUUCUGUCUUAAAAUCCAAUAAAAGUCAUUGGAAGUAAAAAAGGGGGGAAAGAAAUGAACUCGCAGGUAUAUAAUGGGCCUGACAAUGUUUGAAAUAAGGCAAAAUUUUAAUAAAGGAGGCCACUAAGGCAUAUAAAAUGUAACUGGCCACAAAAACAAGUGUUCUCAUUAAAAAUAAUAAUAAUGAAAUCCAACAUGUUAUGGCCCCAGUUUCUUGCAAACCCUAUAACAGAAACCAGGAAAAUCAACAUGGGUAUGCUGAAGAGGCACCACCAAGUACAAGGCACAAUCACACCCCAGCCUCCCAAAUCUGAGAAAGAUGUAUUUGGGGGAGGGCCAAAAUGUGGCUUUGAAACUAUUUCUUUACGUAUUUCACACACACACAUUUACUUUACAGGUCAAAUACUUGAAUUUCAGCAUUCUCUAAAUCAGGGUGAGCAUUAAGUAGUUCAGGAGCUACUAGUAGCUCUUGUCCCAGGCUUAUCUGAAGUACUUCGCCAGGAAUUAUUCACACAUGGCUUCGUGCUGCGGGGUAUAUGUUGAGCGAAGCCACUUCAAAUUACACUACGGCAUUGAGGGAAGCAGCCCCUCCCCUCUCUGGGUUUUUGGGGGGGGUUGGGGUGCACUUCACAUUGCAUGCCUCCGUGUUUUCCUUCUAGCCAAUGGCGGGGGCGGGGAGGGAGAUCUCUAAAGCCUAUAUCUGCAUCCCUAAAGAGGGCUUCCUUCUUAUCAUGUUAAUGAUUCUACGUCAGUGUCUCUCCCUACUUGCUCUGGCGUUUUCAGAAAAAGUCGCUUAAAACCAGUAUUUUAAAAACCCAGAAAUACAUUGAGAUAAGCUAGAAUUCGGAAGACAAAGCCCAAUUUGUGUGUGGAUUGGGUCCAAGGAUCUCGAAGUGAUUUCAGAGUAAGUUUGGCUGGUGUGUGAAUGCACACACUCUCUUCUGGAGGAGAUUCGGGGUAACAGCCCUGUCUGUUGAGCCUCCAGGUUUUCGGGCCUGUUUCUCCCUCCACCCCUCGCUUUCCAGCCAAUUCUGAAAAUCUGAUUGGCUUGCUGAAUGUGGGUGGGGCAUAGCCAUGCCAUUUUCAGUCUCUCUCUUUCUUUGAUUUCUCAGCGUUGCCUUUACUGUCUGUCCCAUUAAUUUCUCUCCAGUUUCUCCCCACACAAAGCAAUGCCUCUUGCUCCCCUCCUGUCCUGCAGCAAGGUUCACCUGGAAUUUAGGGGUUUUGAUGUUAAGCACAUUUAUUCUGACUAUGUACAUUGUAGUACAAGCUGCCAUUUUGUGACUGUCAGCACUUCCCCAAGCCGCCAUUUUGAGACUGGCUGUGCCUCCCCAAGCCACUACAUCGUGUUGGUAGCUUCCAAGGCUCUGGCAAAAAGAAAGAAAUGAAAAAAAUGUAAAACAAGAAAAAGUAGCUCCUCAAAGCCUUUAGUCUGCCCACUCCUGCCCUAAAUUAAUAAAAUGAAGUACAUGGGAAGAUAUGAAGAAGACCGUCAUUGAGAUUUUGGAACUGGGCCUGUUAUUAUUUAGGAACAUAGGAAGCUGCCAUAUACUGAGUCAGACCUUUGGUCCAUCUAGUUCAGUAUUGUCUGUUACACAGACUGGCAGCAGCUUCUCCAAAGUUGCAGGCAGGGGUCUCUCUCAGCCCUAUCUUGGAGAUGCUGCCAGGGAGGGGACUUGGAACUUUCUGCUCUUCCCAGAGCGGCUCCAUCCCCUGAGGGGAAUAUCUUAUAGUGCUCACACUUCUAGUCUCCCAUUCUUGUGCAAGCAGGGCAGACCCUGCUUAGCUAAGGGGUCAUCCUUGCUACCACAAGACCAGCUCUCCUCUGUAAUUUAUUGAUUACAUGUUUAUUCACCUUUACCUCAAGGAACUUGUGGCAGCACACACAGUUCACCCCUUCCUUUUAUCCUCACAACAACGCUGUGAGAUGGGUUAGACUGAGAGACUGUCAACCAAUGAGCGCCAUGGCUUGCCAGGGAUUUGAACGUGUGUCCCUCUAGUCCUAGUCCAACACACUAAUCACUUCAAAACAUUGAUCUGUUAUGCUCCAGUCACACCACCAACAUCCAGAACAUUGUGAUCAUUUUGGCUGAUGGUGGGAAAGGGUAUAAAGGAGCCCCUGGUGGCGCAGUGGUAAAACUGCCGCCCUGUAACCAGAAGGUUACAAGUUUGAUCCUGACCAGGGGCUCAAGGUUGACUCAGCCUUCAAUCCUUCCGAGGUCGGUAAAAUGAAUACCCAGAAUGUUGGGGGCAAUAUGCUAAAAUCAUUGUAAACCGCUUAGAGAGCUUCCAGCUAUAGAGCGGUAUAUAAAUAUAAGUGCUAUUGCUAUUGCUAUAAACUCUUCUACUACAA